UACUUUGUAACUCUGUGUUACAUUCCUGCUGAUCAUAUGAAAGUCAGCUGUGUUCAAGACCCUUUACUAGCAGCAUUCAUAUACAUGCUGUUGGGCAGUUGUAUCUGUGUGUUAUGUAACCAAACACUGACCGACAGCGUUAAAGUGAUUGAAGGACUGAAUUAAUAAUUUAGAGGACUGUUCACAUGAGAUGACUACAGUUCUGAGAUCAAGUAGGAGUGUCUGUUCUACCAGUUUAUGCUGUCUGAAAGCAGCCUGAACCUCAUGCGUGGUUAUCUUAUUCUGCCAGAAUCUGUGAUAGAAUUUUAGGUAAGUUUCCUUUCUCUACAACUAUUUGUAUUUUGUUUUCACGAGACAGGAUGGUUUUCUGUUUGUAGAGAUGAAGCGUGUUUUGGCAUCAAGGUGCAAGCGGAUGCAUUACAUUAAAAUGUGGUCUUUUAUAUACAGCAUAAGUUUAUUUUAAAACGUAUUCAGUGUUUUUAGAGCUUUUUUGUUAUGCUUUGGUUAGAUGUGUUGGGUGACCUAACACUUGCCUGUUUCAUACCGUCAAAUAUUCUUUUCCUGUUAAUAGGAAGCAACAGAGCUGGCCGUUUUUUUCAUGUGUUUAGUGUUGCCGCAGCAGAGGAUUAACCACUAAGGUGAACUUGUUAAACUUGUUUUUAUUUGCAAUGUCCAUUUCAUAUUCUCAACAAUCAUUUUAUAAGCGGAUUUAAAUUAUUGUUCCAGACUGAAUUUAAAUAAACACCUCAUUAGUAAUAGGUGUCAGAAAUAUGGAAGCCAAGCGAGUUAAGAGGGAUGUUAAAACCUUGCUUGGUGAAUAUAUUGGACGACGAUUCAGAGAAGAUAGUUUUGAUCCAAAGGGGAAAAGCACUUCUACAAUGAUGGAUGAUUUGGCUCAUUAUGACCUGGCUAUAAGUGUAGCUUUGUGGAGGCUCAAUAAAGAUGAAGGAAGUAAUACAGCUGAGAAUGACAUAGGAAGUGCCAGUUUAGGACACUUUAGCCAGUAUCCCAAUCGCUUGGAAAGAGAAGCAAUGAUUCUUUCUUCCUUUGCUGGAAUGCUUCUGAACAACUUACCAUUAGAAGAUAUUCUGUCUCUGUACAAUUGCAAACCAUCUGCAUCUUAUCCUCAUAAUGAUGCCAAGGGUAACAUUGUUCACCCGUUUUCCCUCUCUUAUCACCCAUUCGCCAUGCUUAGUUCAUUCAAAGCAGUGGACUGCUCAAGAAAACACAUCCAAGCUCUGAAACGCUGGAUCAAGGAACAGGAUAAGCAGCAGGUUUCUCCGAUAACAGAAACAUCGAAGUCCUCCUCCAGGUCCUCUUCCAGCUCUUCAUUCAGUGACAGUGAGGAAUCUUUAAAACAUGCAACUGCUCACUAUGAAGGCUCACAAGAAUCUCUGCAGGACUGAGGACAACAGCUGUACAACAACAUGGUUUAUUAAAGACUGUCUUUAUACAUUUAAGCGGAUAGUUCACCUCAACUUAAAACUAUUUAAGUUUCUUUCUGCUGUUGAACACCAAAGAAGUUAUUUUGAAAAAUGCUGGUAGCUGGCAUCCAUUAAAGUCCACAUGAACCGGAAUCUGCCAUCGUUAUUUUUUUCAUAUUGUGACCAGUUUCUAGAGAAAUGGAAUAUUAAAUGAGAAAACGGUGAGCGUGGCUUGUUUUUUCCUACUGGGAGCUGAAUAGAUGUAGUAAAGUAGGUGUUUUGUUCAGAAAGACUGUGAAAUAGGUUUUAGAGGAGUUAUUACAACCAAACAACACCACCUACUCCCCAUUUCUGUUUGUUGUCUGUUGGAGGGGUGUGGUUACAGUAUGUUAACCACGCCCAAUACCUAAGACAUUUUUCUUAAUAACAUGCACAGAUGAAUUGUUCACCACAAAACUAGCAA